AUGUCGCAGCCACAAUAUUUGACUGGGCAGCCAGAAGCCAUACAGGACUUCCUAUCCAAAUUUGAUAUCUUCCUGUUCGACUGCGAUGGCGUUCUCUGGUCAGGCGACCACCUGUUUGAGGGCACGGUUGCUACAUUAGAGAUGCUGCGAGGUGCAGGCAAGAGAGUAGUCUUCGUUACCAAUAACUCAACAAAAUCAAGAACAGAUUACAGGAAGAAGCUGGAAGGCAUGGGCAUACCUGCGACUGAAGAAGAAGUUUUCGGGUCUAGCUACUCUGCAAGCAUCUACAUUUCUCGCAUUCUGCCACAGCGACAUCCUGAAUUGAAGCAAAAGCCGAAAGUUUUUGUGAUUGGUGAAUCAGGAAUUGAACAAGAGCUAGAUUCUGAGAACAUACCGCAUAUUGGAGGCACCGACCCUGCAUACAGAAGAUACGUCGAGCCAAGUGACUAUACAAGGAUUGCAGCUGGUGACCCAACCAUCCUCGAUCCCGAAGUUGGAGUCGUGCUUUCAGGUUUGGACUUCCACUACAACUACUUCAAGAUCUGCCUGGCAUACCACUAUAUCAAGAGAGGUGCGAUCUUUUUGGCUACAAACAUUGACUCGACGCUGCCUAGUGCUGGUGCUUUGUUUCCCGGAGCAGGUACUAUGGCCUCCCCACUGGUAAAGAUGCUAGGAGAAGAGCCUCUUGCACUUGGCAAGCCUAGCCAGGCAAUGAUGGACGCUAUUGAGGGCAAGUUCAAGUUCGAUCGUAGUCGCGCCUGCAUGGUGGGUGACAGAGCGAACACGGAUAUCAAAUUUGGAUUAGAAGGAAAGCUUGGUGGUACUCUUGGUGUGCUUACUGGCGUCAGCACGAAACAGGAGUUCCUCGAAGGCGAUGCUAGACCACACUUCUAUGUCGACAAGCUCAGUGAUUUGCUCGCAAAGAGAUAG